CGUACGAAGUUGUUGGCCUGGCCAAAAUCAGGGAAAAUAUAGUUUGAUAGCCAAGUUUAGACUGCCACUAUAGUUUUAAUAGUGAAUAAUAACCGUAAACUGCAAGUUGGUUCCUUAGAAAAUGGCACACGCCACACCACAGGGCGUAAAGCUAUUAAACGGAUGGAAGCGUCCGGGUCGCUUUGACAAGGGUCUGGGAGCCCAGCUGCCCGAGGCGUACAAGAAGUUCUGGCGCGAGUGGAAGCUGACGACCCCGGCUGCUGUCCAUUAUAUCCCCAAGGAGCAGCAGUGGGAACGAGAUGAGGUGACGCACGCCAUCAAGCCGGUGCAGAACAUACCGCUGCCAUUGAUCGACACGCCGGAAUCGCACCGUGGCAUCUGGGGUGGUGAGGCCGUGAUCAAGGGCUUUCAGAAACGCCAGCAGACAAAGCGUCGCGUGCCGCACUUUUGGGUUCCAAAUCUUAGGCGUUCGGUGGUCCACAGUCAUGUUCUGGACUCCUACAUGUCCGUGGUGGUGACGGAACGCACGCUGGAGCAGAUCCACGAAUGUCAUGGGUUUGAUCACUACCUCCUCAAGAAUCGUGCCUGCGAUCUUCGCUCCGCUUUGGCCCUGAAGCUCAAGCGAGAGGUGCUCCAGGCCCUGCAGAACGGUGUUCCAGCCCUCGUCGAUGAGCCCGAACGGCAACAAGAAGUGCUCAGGGAAUACCGCCGCUAUCUGGAACCCUAUACGCCCGAGGAAAUCGAUUGGUACGGCCAUACCUAUUUGGAGGCCAUACGCAAGCUGCAAAAGCAGCUGCGCGAGGCGGAAAAGGUGGUGCCGCAUAAGUUGGAGUUCCGCGGAAAGCUUAUCGAGCAGCUCCGCCAGGCGGGGAUCAGCGAAGCGGGAAAGCUGGAGAAGUCGGAUGCACCAGCAGCGGGAUCGUCAGCCGAGCACAAGGAUUCGGACAUCGAAGCGCUUACAAAGCUGGAAUCCUCGCCCUCUUCCAGUUGGCUGUCUAAGAUCAAUCCUUUCGGCAAGAAAGAAACAUAGAACAGCUGUCCGCGUUUGUUUUUGCUUAAUGUGUUUAGCCUCGAACGAAUAAACAUAACUUCGGAAACAUUUCGUUACAAUUUGAAGGUAUUAAAACGUU